AUGAUGCUCGCAACUCUUUUAUUCCUCGUUCCACUGGUGACUCAUGCUCAAUCUGAAGGUGCAUGUCCGGUCGCAUUUACUUACAUUGCCCAGCUCGAUUCGUGCUUCUUGUCGCCCAUACAGCCUGCAAACUGGAGAGAUGCUGAAACUUAUUGUAGACUAUUCAAUUCUCAUUUGAUGUUUAUUCGAUCAGACGAUGAAGCUUCGAUAGUUCGAGAUUUCAUGAUUCAUGAAAAUCCGAGCUUCUUUUCGUGGAUUGGUCUUUCUUGGAGUGAAAAGACUGCAAAUUUCACCUGGACAAAUUCCGAAAGAGCUGACGAUUACUUACAUUUUCUUGAAGGUGAACCGAGUGUACAGGGUGAUUGCAUUGCCUGGGUUAUUGACGAGAACAUCGACGGAUGGAAGGCAAUCAGCUGCGAUUAUUCGCAAUUUUUCAUGUGUCGAAUGCCUAGCAAUGAAGUGAAUGCUCAUUGGUUUACCGCCGAAGAAGCAACCAUCGAGAGUCCGAAUUACCCAGAAAACUAUGAUAAUGAAGAGUUUGAAACAUAUAUUAUAAAGACUGAAAAUGGAACCCGCGUUCUUCUGAAUUUUGUGGAAGUCUCGACUGAAAAGUCAACCGACAUCGUAACAGUAUAUGACGGAUUCUCAACGAAUGGAAGAACAUUGGCGAGACUUUCCGGCAAUCAUCGUAAUUAUUCAAUAAUCUGCCCGAGUAAUCGAGUAAUGAUCAUUUUUAACUCCGACGAAGAUGUUGUGGAUCGCGGUUUCACUGCCUCUUAUAAAGCCCUAACUCCGCUUCCAUUAAAGAUCUUCACAAACUCGUACGGGAUACUGACAUCAAACAACUAUCCAAGUUCACCAGAUUCAUAUUUGAUACAAAAUUAUCUCGUUCAAUGCAUCGAAGGGCAUUACGUGAUUAUAACUACUAAAGAAAUACGUCUUGAUUCCGGUGAUCGCAUCAAGUUUUAUAAUGGACCAACCGAAUCAAGUCCAAAACUUCAAAUCAUACGGCAAUUAUCAGCCGACGUUCCGCGAAUAAUCAAGUCGACAAAGUCAAGUAUGCUCAUCAGCUACGACGCCGGUGAGCAAAUAAGCAGUUCGAAUCGAUGGAAGUUGGAAUACUCGUGUGCCGCUAAUGGAAAUUUCGGCGAAGAAAUCAUAAUCUAG